CACAAUUUUAUCAUAAAAUCGAAAUAAAAAUAAUUUCUAUUUGAAAAUGUAUACGCUGUGUGCAUCACUUUUCUUAUUGAUAAAUUUUGCCAUAAGUCAUGAAGUGAUUGAGCCGCUUUCAUGCCGUGCAUUGAGUCAACCAUAUGCACCUUUCUAUGACCAUUGUGAGAAUUUUCUAUAUUUCAGUGAAUUUGCUGGUUUCGUACACCGAUACGAUUUCAAUGAAAAACGUUUAUAUACAGCGAGCACUGGAAAUAUAUCGACCACAUUUAUUAUUCCAGUGAUAAAUUGUAAACAUCGAUUCAUAAUUGGCAACGGACUUGAUGUCAUAUUGAUGGAAUGGAAUGGAAAAAGUUCAACAAUCCGAUUGAUUCGGGCCGCAUUUCGUGUACAUAAUGCACAUAAAUACUCGAAAACUGUUUGGAGUUUGGCUAGAAUCUCGCCCACUUUUCAAUUUUAUGCUGGAACAUUUUGUGAAACAAUUUGCGGUGACACAGACAGUGAAAAUGCAGCAUUAUUUCAAUACAUUAAACCAAAUCAUGUGACACGUCGAAUCAAACAUUUUAAACUUGCCGGUGAUUUCGAAUGGAAUAUCGAAGAGAGGCUGAUGUAUGUCAUUAAUUCUUGUUGCAGAACACUACUGGAGUUUCAAUGGAACCCAGAAACUGGCGCUCUUUGUCAUGGCCGUAUCGUAUACGAGUUUAAAAACAAUGGAAAUGCUGCAGUAAUUCCAUUGGGGUUGACAAUUGAUACCGAGGGAUGUGUGUAUGUUGGCAUGUAUAAUGGUGGUGAAAUAAAAAAAAUAAAUCCAAAAACCGGUAAAUGUGUAAAGACUUUUAAAAUGCCAGCAACAGCUAUUUCAGCACUAUCAUUCGGCGGUCCAAAGAACGAUAUUUUAUUUGUGACAUCACAGUCACAUAAAUUCAAUAUUACAAAUGGAGGAUUAUGCGCUCGAGACGAUCAUGGUCCAUCGGAUGGUUUAAUAUUCAUGGUCAAAGACGUCAAUGCAAAAGGUGUUGAACGACGAAAAAUGUACCUUGAUUCUUGCUAACAGAUGAUCCAAUCGAUACAAUGAAUUUCAAUAUUCUGUUUUAAAU